AUGUCGCACAGUCACUCUCAUGAUGGUCCGUCGCACUCGCAUGAAAAUGCGGCUGCGGACCAUGGACACACCCAUGAGAUACUGGAUGGUCCGGGAAGCUUCCUCGGGCGCGAGAUGCCAAUCAUUGAGAACAGAGACUGGGAAGACAGGGCGUUCACCAUAGGCAUUGGAGGACCUGUAGGCUCCGGUAAGACGGCACUCAUGCUUGCUCUCUGCAAGCGCCUCCGAGCUCGCUUCUCGAUAGCAGCCGUGACGAACGACAUCUUCACACGGGAGGACUGUGAAUUCCUUACUCGGAACAAUGCUCUCCCUGCCGAACGCAUCGUGGCUGUCGAGACCGGAGGCUGUCCGCACGCCGCUGUCCGUGAAGACAUAUCUGUCAACCUCAUGACGCUUACGAACCUCCACCACAAAUUCAACACGGACCUCCUCCUGAUUGAAUCGGGCGGCGACAACCUCGCGGCAAACUACUCGCGCGAACUCGCCGACUUCAUAAUAUACGUCAUCGACGUCUCUGGCGGCGACAAGAUCCCCAGAAAGGGUGGACCGGGAAUCACGCAGUCCGACUUGCUGAUCGUGAACAAGAUCGACUUGGCUGAAGCCGUCGGCGCGGACUUGAACGUCAUGGACAGGGACAGCAGAAGGAUGCGUGAAGGAGGUCCUACCAUCUUUGCGGUGGUGAAGAAAGACCAGGGAGUUGAUGCAAUUGUGGACUUGAUUUUGUCAGCGUGGAAGGCUUCUGGCGCGUCUCAGGCGAGGAAAGAGAAAUUUGAGCCGACGCUGAUGGAAGAGAACGAGGAGGGAAAGGAGAGGAGCUACAGCAUGUCCUGAGGGAUGUCCGUUCUUGAGAUUACCAAGAUUACCGAGACUGUUGCCCUUCACCCGGCCAAUAUGUUGGCAAUCUCACUUGUGGAUCGCAAAGUUCUCCCGUGGUAGAAACUGUCAGUGAAAUCGCCUUCGAGAAUAGCUAUUCAAGUGCUUUGAUUGUCU